UGCCAUCGUAACAUAUUCCUGGAUCAGUUGCUCCCUCCUGCAACCAUGAAGAUCACCUUGGUGACCAUCGCUGUGGCGAUGCUCUUGAUGGACGUCUGUGCAGACAUCCAGCCUCAGAAGAACUUUGACCUUAAGAGGUUUGCAGGGAAAUGGUACCGUGUUGGGCUGGCCUAUAGCUCUCCAAGCUUUGCUAGGUACAGAAGUAAGCUCACAGUCACCAUGGGGAUAGUGGAACCAAAGGAGAAUGGUGAUGUCGAUAUGACACUGUGGGACACACAGUCGUCAGACUGUAAGAGCAAACUAUACACGUACAAGAAGACAGCUAUGGCUGGAGUCUUCACAUAUUUCAGCUCACGUCAUAACAGGGUGAAAGAUAUCACUGUGAUUGAGACUAACUACACAGAGUAUGCUUUGAUUUUCAAACACAAGAAGUUUAACAAGGAGUACUCACAGGUGUCUCUUUAUGGUCGUACUCAGAAGUUGAGGCCAGAGUUGACUGAGAAGUUCAAAAAAUUUGCCAAGCAACAUGGAUUCCCUGAGGAUUUUAUUCUGACCCCAACACCAGCAGACAACUGUCCUCUCGUGGGUCAAUAGUGUUGCAUUAUGCUGCAGUGUACAGCUCGAGCAUUAUCAUCUUACAGGCAUACAUGCACAUACACAGAGAUACGUGCACACAGAGAUACGUGCACACAGAGAUACGUGCAAACACACAGACACAUCUGCUGGAGAGACUGGAGCAACUUCAAUAUUAAAUUGUACUGUUCAAAAUUUUCAUUCUAAACACAAAGAAAACACCUAAAACUCCUUACACAUCAACUGUUUAAACACCCAGGAAACACCAUACCUUUUCACCCAAUCACCUAUAUCUUCAUAAAGUAAAUAUAAUAACAUUGUUGCAUUGUUUGAUUAUAUUAGUGGCUGUCAGUUGUUACUAAAGGAAACAAAGAUUGAUUUUGGUUCACCAUUGGUUGUCUGUAUAUUGCUUUGGUGUGUGGGUGUGUGUUUGUUUGUUAUGGGAGGUGUUCGUUUGCAUAUGUAUGAGGUUGUCAUGUUGGUGUUUCUGAUUAAUACAUGAUGUUACAAAUGUUAAAAACCAGUUUAACUACAGAACUGAUGUGUA